CGACCUUAUUUACCGGUUAUCCACACUCAUGCACGAGAUUUUCCAAAAUUCUCGCCAAUGCAUCUGGAUUUUUAGUUUAUUUUGUGAAAUAGGUGACCUACAGCGCCAUGUUUGAAAACAAUUGUGGUGAAGUGAUUGUUUGAGUGGUUAAUGUUUUUAUUAUGUAAUUUGUGAGAACUGAGAAAAAUGUCGAGCGAGCCGGAAAACGGUAUGAGCCGCACCCUGAGCGCGCUCGGCGGCGGGGACGCGUGCGGAGCGCGUUGGACUUUGGCAGCACUUCUACUGGCGCCUUUAGCUGCUGCCAACUCGAGCUACUGCGCUGUGCCUGCUGUUUUGAUGCUUGCCGCCUUUAUUACAGUGGCCACUAUCACAUGUAGAGACUUGAAGAAACUAGCCAACAUCCUACCACCGGCAAGAACCUGCCGUGGCCGUCGCGAGCGCAACCUGCGCUCCUUCGCCGACUUCAUGGCAACGUGGAUGUGUUUCCUCUCACACCUAGUCGCAGUCGCCAUCUGCGCUCGAAUCCUCAGCGCGACGGCGGAUCACGUGACGAGCGGCCGGACGAGGCGAUGGCUGUUUGGAUAUGAAACCAGAGCGCUCGGAGAGCCUUGGCCUGAUGUGCUUGGGGUUACUGUGGUCAUGGUUGUCUGCGCCAUGUUCAUGUGUGGAUUGGAGGAAAGUAUGAUGUUCACGUUUAUGCUGUUGAUUCUGCUGUACACAUUCAGUCAAUUCUUUGCUAUCUUUGGACUAAUAAAUUUGGAUAUUGCAAAUAUAAACAUGCCUAUACCAAUGACUAUUUACGAGCUUUUUGCCGCUGGAUCGCCUAUCUCAUACGCUUUUUGUGUAUCGACGCAAAAGAAAGAUAACGGCAGUUUAAAGAAGACUCUGAUUCUGAUGGUUGGAUUGCCUGCGAUUAUUUUGUCUGGCUUGUGCUUUUUGUAUACAAACAUGUUAAAAGGGAAUAGUAUAGACGCAGCAUUACCAAUAACCACUCUACUAGAAGCCAGAGCACCCUCGUGGGUGUGUCCCCUGUUAGCCGCAGUCACCGUAGCUGGGAUCAGUCUAGCCCUGACCGAGCUGUGUCCCAUACUCUUCUCUAUCCUGGUGGAUUUGGCGUCUCCUGAAUGGAAGGUGCUUACCAGAUCUAUGACAUACGAAAGUCAAACAACGGGCAGUCCGGUGUUAGCUGUGUUCACUGCUGGUAGUCUAGCAGCAAUUCUAGCGUUCGCCUGUCCACUUUCCCACAUGAUCACCCUAAUGAAUGCAAGCCACUUACUCGGAAUUUCGGUACAGGCUUUCCACUUUAUGAUAAUGCGCUGUGUACCGACUGCCGAACAAAGAGAAGCCGGAGAUAUUGAGUAUAAACGUCUAGAUCGAGGAGACACACGAGCUAAGAUAGCAGGCAAGAAAUCAAAAAGGGGGCUUUGGUUCAUCCCUUCUGCUUUACGGCACACAAAAACCUUAGAGAGCAUUAAAUCUAAAGUAACCGCGAAAGAAACUGAAGAGCGGGAAUGUCUUCUACUGGACGAAUAUGGCAGCGGUGUAGCCGACGAUGCUGAGCCAAUGACCAGUUGCAGCAGUGAACAGCGGAUCGCGCCAACUGCUAUUGACGAAGUACCGUCGGACGUCGAAGUCGAAGUUAGCGAAGCGGACCUUUCGUCAGGCGAUGACUCCACUGAUAUCGACGCUGUUGUUAAGGAGUAUAGGGAUACGAUACAAGUAGUGACUUCUCUCCCCGAGGCAAGCGCUCCCAUCCCUCCAUGCGUGCGCGGGGCUAGAUGGUCGGCAGUGGGCGCCACAGUGCAAGUGAUAGCUGCUGCCUUGAUAGCCGUGGCCUUCUGCAAUGAACAUAUUCGAUUGCCGAUGUUCGCUGCUGGCAUACCAGUCUGGAUCUGCGGCGCCUUCAUAUGCGCCUGGCAACCAGCCCACCCCCUGGGCAUGCGUAAGGCUCAGGGGCUGCAAGCGCCAUUGGCUCUUCUGCCAGCUCUACUGUUCCUCACGCCUCUACUGGUUGACUCCUGGCCUGCUAUCGUGCUGUUCGCUGGCGCUGGUGUCGUGAUCUACGCUCGCUGCGAGCGCUGGUGUGGUGAUCUAGCCGUCCAGCAAGCCCGCAGCGCAGUUGAACGACGGAAGCUUCACGCUGUGUCAGCUGACGUCCCUCUGGCCGCCCAUCUCGCUCACAUCGACACCGUGUUUAUAACCAGAUGACAAGAAGAUGACUCGGACACGAGUCUAGAUAACCUCAUCGACGCGGAAGACGAAGAGGCGGAUCCCGGCGAAUGACCAGCAGAUGUCAUCAUCUCGUAACCAUGCAUCUUCAGAAUCAUUUUGUAUGUUACCCAUCAGGAUUAGGUACUACAUAGACGGAUUAGGAGUCGUGGAGUAAAGUGGUAGGAGUUGUGUGUAUAAUAAAUAAAGUGGGAUUUUUUCUUGUUGAAAGUGAGAUUUGAUGAUGUGAAUUCUACUGCAGAGCGAAGUGGUAACUGCCAAGCAAGGGUGAAAUACCGCUUUAAGGUAAAAAAAACACACAACACAGAGAAAACGUAAACGGAAUAAUAUUGAUAAAGAUUAUAACGUCCUAGUGCCUAUAUUGCUUUAGCUUAGGAUUUGAAAUUUUAUGAAUUUCCAUUAGUUCUCGCGUCGUUUUCGGAAAAAGAUACCACUUUAUUUAUCGAUUGUCAUCAUAAGGCAGUUCGCAUAAACAGCAAAAUUAUAGAUAAGCCUUAGGUGGAGUCUUAUGCAAGAAAUCGACACAUUUGGUUAAUAUAACAGCAGUGUAUCACAGGCUUUAUGAAUUAUAGAGAGUGAUGCUCUACAUUCUCAAUUUUAAUAAAUUAAAGUUAAUUGUAAGACCUUUCUUAAAUUUAGAGCAAUUAACAAGUGUGUGUUGUCAUUGUUUAGCACUAUUCAACAUUACUUAUAAAAAAAUUAACAGGCAUAGAUGUCCUGAUUAGAAUUAGAAAACAAUCGCUAGCUUGACGUGAUUCCUAAACUAAGGAGAUAAAGUGUGAUAUCAUGUGAUUUUGUAGUAGUCAUUGAAGUGUUGGUAAAAACUCGGAGUCUUUGGAGUUAUACCUAAGACUUCACCUAGUCUUAUAGAUCAUCGAAGCUUAUGCUUGACGCGGCGAAUAAUGAUACCUAACUAUGACAGUUCCUCCGACUCGCUUUUGGAUACCUAAACUUAAUUUAAAAAAUAAUUGAAGAAACAGGUUUUUACCGUAUUUCUAAAUAAAAAACAAUGUGCGAUCAAAAACUCGAGUUCUAUUUUUAGUGGCUCUCAAUGACUGCCUUUUAACGUGUUACCAGAGGGCCUACCGCGAACCACGUUCGACGUGUUGCCUCUCUGUCGCGCCUGUAAAUUCGUACGUAAGUAGGCCCU